ACCAAAAGACUGACCUUUGUUUCUGGUGGGAACACAAUCGCAGUUGCUACCUAGUCUAUCAGUUUGAAGGUCAUGUGUUUGUGUCAUUGCAGGGCUGGUGACAGCAGCGGAGCAAUGUCUCAAGCUUGGAAUGCCUCUGUUACAUCAGAACUGCCCCCUGGUGGAAUCAUCGUACCUGUAGUCUUCUCCCUGAUAUUUGCUCUAGGCACAGUGGGAAAUGGAUUAGUUUUGGUUGUGCUCCUGAGGAAUGGCCAAACUAAGUACAAUACAACCAACCUCUUUAUUCUAAACCUGGGGGUUGCAGACUUAUGUUUUAUACUGCUAUGUGUCCCUUUUCAGGCCACCAUAUACACCCUGGAUGGAUGGUUAUUUGGAGCUUUCCUCUGUAAAGCUGUUCACUUCUCCAUCUACUUGUCAAUGUAUGCCAGCAGUUUCACCCUGGCUGCCGUUUCAGUUGACAGGUACCUAGCCAUCCGCUACCCACUCAAAUCCAGAGACCUCCGUACCUCUAGGAAUGCCCUUGCAGCUAUUGCAGUUAUAUGGGCCCUUUCUAUCCUGUUUGCUGGGCCUUACUUGAGCUACUACCAUAUUAUUCUCUAUAAUCAAGUACCUAUCUGUAUUCCUAACUGGGAGGAUCGUAAGAGGAAGAUAAUGGAUGUGUCUACUUUUGUUUUUGGCUACCUCCUUCCUGUGCUUAUUCUUGGUCUCUCCUAUGCUAGAACCAUCUGCUUUCUGUGGACUUCAGUGGACCCUGUAAAAACAGUGUCUGAAUCCAGAAAAGCCAAGCAUAAAGUAACCAAAAUGAUUAUCAUAGUGGCUGUGCUGUUCUGCAUUUGCUGGCUACCUCACCACUUAGUCAUUCUUUGCUUUUGGUUUGGACACUUUCCCUUCAAUAGAGCCACCUAUGCUUUUCGUCUGGUAUCUCAUUGCAUGUCCUAUGCCAAUUCUUGCCUUAAUCCAAUUGUGUAUGCUCUCAUCUCUAAGCACUUUCGUAAGAGAUUUAAACAAGUUUUUACAUGUAUGCUGACUCAGAAACGUGCACGCAAUAAGGUUCAUGCAGUUCAAACUGCCAAUACUGUAGCUGGUUUCUAUGCUGGACACACAGAGGUCACCCAAGUUCAAGAGGAUACUGCACGAAGUGGAAGAGUAGCAAGAGAUGAAGUUAUUGAGGGUCUUAGUUCAGAAGAGUCAACAAGUCACAGGGUGGUUGGUGGAAGCUGGGGAACACGGUUGCCCAAGGCUGUUGGCUUUACAACACAAACAACAUAGACUUGCGAAGAACAAAGGAAUACCAAAUGAAGUCUCAAAGCAGCAUCACAGAAGGAGUUAACAAAGCUCUGCUGGUAGCUGAUCCUAAUUCAUCUACAAUUGUAGGGUCUGACUGUAGACUAAAGGAUGUUCUAGCUUCUUUACGUACCUCUCUCAACAUCACUUAUAUUGUAUCUGCUUUGGAUAAGAUCUGACAUGGAUGUGUAAGGCGCUGGUCUACACAAGAGAAUAUUGGGGGAAUUAUAUUUGUCUCAGAAAAAGCCCAGAUCAUUUUUUCUGUGGUUUACAUUUUUCAUUCCUUACGUUGUCUUUUUGAUGAAACAUCAAUUGAUGGUAUGCAAUUGUAACUAUAUUACUCUUGGACUGUAUAAUGCUGAUAAGAUUUUGCAAUGACGCAGGCAAUUUAUGUGCAAUUCCAACAUAUAUUAUUUUUACAAAAACAUGCAAUUUUCUUCUUGGAAGUAUAUCCAAACAAUCAGGUUUCAGAAAGACCUGCUUUAUCUUUAUUGUCAGCUAAAUGUGGUAAAUGUAAACACAUACCCAGUUUUCAUGCCAUAGACCCCAAACACAGGUGAAUUCAUAGUAAAGGGAAAUGUGAUUUUAUUAUGUAGCACUACCCCUGGAAGAGCUGCUGGUUAAAUUUUGGGUUUGCACGUUACCUCUGUAGCUUCGUUGUCAGGAUGGGAGAGUCCAUAAUAAAUGCAAUGUCCAGACAGAUGUAAAACCUCCAACAGUUAGGCUUUAUUUCUUUUACUGCAUGGUAAUUUGGAAUAGGGAAAGUAGGUGGGAGGAGAAGGGCUGGGUAAGGUUCAGGCACACGGUACAGAAUAAAUCACUCUCAGCUAUUGAGUGGGUAUUG